AUGACACCAUCAGUGUGCGGCAGGCUAUAUCACUGGCGGCUGUGCCUGGGCAAGGCAGGGACUGGAGUCUCUCAUCAUCUCAUGGCACCCCACGCUAUUGUGCCGCACGUAGCGGCCACUCAGGAACUCCACAUCUCACUCCUCCACUUCCUUACACCCCAUUCUCUACCAUCUCCAUUUCUAACUAUCAUACUCCAGUACAGCGCAAUCCAGAGUCGAGGACGCGAGUCGACUCAAGAUUUCCUCUCGGGCGGGAGAAACAUGCCUCCGUUUCCAGUGGCAAUUUCUCUCUUGGGUGGAAUGUUCUCUGUAAUAUUUAUAUUAGGCAACCCAACGGAGGUGUACUAUUUUGGGGCACAGAUCAUGGUGGCCAUAUUAGGGGUAAUUCCUGGAAGCAUGUUAGUGCAUCAAGGACUCAUUCCCAUCUUGUAUAACCUUGGAAUACUCUCACUCAAUGGGUAUGUAGAGAAGUGUUUUAAUUGUGUCAUACUGCGCAGGGUAUCAACGAUGUGUCAUCUCCUCUCAAGCUUUUUCUUCAUGGGAAUUUGUCUCUACGCUCCAUCCUUAGCCCUGUCCACUGUGACUGGCCUCUCACUGUGGGGUUCUAUGAUUAGCAUGGGCACCGUCUGCACCAUCUACAUUACUAUCGGCGGCGUGAGGGCCGUGGUUUACACGGACGUACUUCAGACGACGCUCAUGUUCGGAGGUGUGUUGGUCGUGAUGGUGAUGUGCUGCCUAGACAUCGGUGUAGUGAACAUAUGGACAGCAGCGAAUGACGGUGGCCGUCUUGAAGUCUUCAACUUUGACAUUAGCCCGUUCACGCGUCACACGUUCAGGUCGACAAUGGUCCUGGGAUUCUAUGCCACAGUGAACAUGUUGGGAUUGAACCAGGGAUGCUACCAGAGACUCGCUUCAGUCAGCAGCCUGCAGGUAACUCAGAGAUUAAUCGUAUCAUUCAUGUUAGGCAUCAUGUGGUUGCUGCUCUACUCCUCCGGAGCGGUGGCAUACGUCAUGUACCGUGACUGUGAUCCUCUUAUUUCGGGUCGGAUUGAGAAACCAGAUCAGAUUCUCCCCUAUUUGGUGAUCAACAAACUGGGACACUUCACAGGACUUCCAGGCCUCUUCGUUGCAGCUGUCUACGGAGGAGUGCUCAGGUAA